AUGGAGCAUAUCAAGCAGGCGGCGGAGCAGACCAAGGUCGUCGUCAAGUUGCCGACCAAAUGGAUCAACAUGUACGGCGACUUCAUCACAAAGAAUGCCGGCGCGGUUGGCCAGGUCGAGGGCGCAUUGCGAUCGUUGACAUACUUGGUUCCCGGAGGCUUGAAGAUGUCUGACAUUUCGACCGAGUCACUCAAUUCCGGUGUCCAACUCAUCGCCCUCUACCACGAUUCUCUUCUCUCACGAGCGCUGGCGCAACACCUACGAACACCACGGCAUCAGACACCUCAUAACAGAUAUACGCGAUUCUACUGUCAGAAGAGUUCUACCUACCGACGGACCGCAACGACGCUGCACAUCGUACAAUAUACCGAGCUGUUGCUGGAGAUGAUGGCGAAGAAGAAGGGCGAGAAGGCGCGGUGGCGGCUGGUGGUAUUCUUGGAGGCUAUCAAGGCUGUGUGUCGAUUAAUACUGAUGCGGCUGACCAACUCCCGGCCGCUUCUAACGCCACCUUUGCCAGAGCGAGAAGUUGUUGAGGAGAAAGAGGCUCAAGAGGACGAAGCGUUAGCAAGCCCGCCGUCUGAGAGAUCAGAGGCAGGCAGCGAGCAGUGGACAAUGCCCCGAACCUCAUUGACCCUACCGCCUCUGCCAAGUUCGGACGACAUAUCCUCUUACCUGCUGUCGAAGGUCUUGACUGCCGACGACAUAAAGCCACCCAAAGCUCUGCUGCACCGGACAUCUGGAUUCGGCGAGAUUGCAGAAGUCAUGUUCAUUCUACGACCAGUCAUAUAUGCUGUUGCGAUGUCAUACUGGAGUCAAAGGGAGGACGGCAAAGGCAAGACAGACUGGAGACCGUGGCUGCUGGGUGUGAGCAUCGAAUACGGCGCACGACAACUCGCGAAGCAUGACCUCGAAAGACGAAGACCGGGCGGAGCGCGUGGCCUCACUCAACUCGAGCGGGAAGAGAUGAAGAAGCGCAGCUGGUCGCUUGCGUGGUGGACUCUGCGCGGUGCUUUCUACGAGAACAUUACGAGGGGGAUGGUCGAUGGCUUCGCAUCGAAGCUGAAGAACAAGCCUAUCCUCGACAUGAUUGGGAACUUUGUGGAGGAUUACGAGUAUCUCUGGAGCGACUGCUGCCUUCAGUCGCUCCGUCACCUCGACAACAACCUACCACCACCACGACAUCCACUCAAACCUCUAUCCACCACACACAAAACCACAACCAACAACACCGCAAGCAUGAGAUCUCGAUUUAAGGACGAGCACCCGUUCGAGAAGCGCAAGGCCGAAGCAGAGAGGAUCCGCCAGAAGUACGCUGAUAGAAUUCCGGUUAUCUGCGAGAAGGUUGAGAAGUCGGACAUCGCGACCAUCGACAAGAAGAAGUACUUGGUGCCAGCCGACCUCACCGUCGGCCAGUUCGUCUACGUCAUCCGCAAGCGCAUCAAGCUCAGCCCAGAGAAGGCCAUCUUCAUCUUCGUCGACGAGGUCCUGCCACCAACUGCUGCCCUCAUGAGCUCAAUCUACGAGGAGCACAAGGACGAGGACGGCUUCCUCUACAUCACCUACUCUGGCGAGAACACCUUCGGUGAGGCCGCAUAA